AUGGGCAACUCCAGUGGAAGAGAGUCCAACCCUUCUCAAGAGGAAUGGGCUCUACCCAUCUGGUUCUCAUUGGUGCAGGCACGGCCACCAGGUGCUCGCUUUCGUGCCGCCACCUCCAGGCCUGCGGCCCCGACGACAACAACGACACACGUCACUCAUGAGCCCACCCAUCAUCACCAUCAUCAUCAUCACCAUCCUCCUCACGGCCACCAGUCGGACUUGCCCACCAGGAAGGUGGUGAAGAAGGUGAAAGUGGACUCGUCCAAGUUCAUGACCCCUUACCUGGCUCACAGCCAGAAGAUGCUGGAGCAGUUCAGCAAUAACAAAUAUCGUCAGGCGUAUGACAAAUCCAGAGGGAAGCCUCCUGCCGUCACCAUGGAUACGCCAGAAAUGAUUCGCAUCCGCAAGGCUCAGGAGCAGCUCAGUGAGAUCAAAUACCGCAUGGAGGGCAACAAGUCCAAGACGGGCAGCAUGUACGACGGCGAGGCGCGGGAGAUCGCCCACGUCAAGCAGGUGUCGGACCUCAUCAGUAAGGUCCUGUACCGCCAGAAGUGGGACGAGACCAAAGACAAGUACCUGCUGCCCCCGGACGCUCCCGAAUUGGUUUUGGCCGUCAAGAACGCCGCCAACUACAGCAAAAAAAUGUACACGGAGGACUGGGACGAGGAGAAGACCAUGUUCUGCCCGUACAGCGACAGCCCUGAACUGCGUCGGGUGGCCAAGGCUCAGGAGGUGCUCAGUGACGUGCAAUACAAGAAAGGGCACGACGAACGCAAGGCCAAGUACACCGCCCUGCCCGACCCCCCCGAAGUCGAGAUGGCCAAGAGAGCCUCCGAGCUGCGCAGCGAUUUGAAGUACAAGGAGGCGUACAACCAGGACGUCAAGGGCCAAUGGUGCGAAACGCCCUACUUCGACGUGGCCAUGGCGCGGGUGGCCAUGGAGAACCUCAGCAAUAGGAAAUACACGCAAGAUUACGAGGACAAGAAAGACCAAAUCUACUACAUGCAAACAGAAACGCCCAUUUAUGACACCCACAAGAAGACCAGAGCCAUCACCAGCGAUGUGCAGUACAAGAAGGAGUAUGAGAAUACAAAGGCCCAGUCGGACUACAACACGCUGCCAGCCAGUGAGAACCCUCUGCUCACGCAGCUCAGAUAUGCCGGCACCAUCCUCAGUGACAAAGUGUACAAGGACAAAUACGAGAAGUCCCGAGGGUCCAGCAUCAACUACUGCGAAACGCCCAAGUUCCAAAUGGACUCGGUGCUCAAGCAGUUUACGGAUAAACGCUACAAAGAGAAGUACGACAAUGAGGUCAAGGGUCAUUACCUGGGCAGCUACGAGGAUCUCUACACGCUCCACUGCCAGCAAGUGGAGGACAUGAAGAAAGAGAAACUGUACAAAGCCGACUACGAAGAGAUGAAAACGCAAUGUUUCUUCCCUCAAACCAUCACCGCCGAGUACGAAGCCACCAAGAAGCUGGACGAUGUCAAGGAUAAUGUUUAUAGGCAGCAUCCGGACAAAGUGAAAUUCACACAAGUGACCGACUCGCCAAUUCUGGUUCAGGCGGCCAUCAAUGCCAAGCAGCUGAGUGACAUCAACUACAAGGCACAGUAUGAAGAGAGCAAGUGCAAGAACAGUCUGCCUCACGACUACCCCUUCUUCGUCCAGUCCAGAGUGAACGCCUUCAACCUCAGCGACAACUGCUACACGUAUGACUGGGAGAAAACCAAGGCCAAGAAGUUUGAAAUCAAAGGUGACGCCAUCCCCAUCCUUGCUGCCCGGGCUCACACCAACAUCGCCAGCGAUGUGAAAUACAAGAAGGAGUACGAGAAAAACAAGGGGCAGAUGGUCGGGGCUCUCAGCAUUAACGACGAUCCCAAGAUACUGCACUCGGUUCACGUGGCCAAAAUUCAGAGUGAUCGUGAAUACAAAAAGGACUAUGAAAAGAUCAAGACCAAGUAUCACACGCCUCUGGACAUGAUGUCCGUCACCCAGGCUAAACAUUCGCAGGCCAUCGCCAGCAUGGCCGGCUACCGCAGCAUCAACACCAACUUUUUCUUGCCGCACGAUGCCGUGCUGCUGGACUUGGCCAAGAAGGCCAACAUCAUACAGAGCGACAAUGAGUACAAGUCUGAUUACAACAACUACACCAAGGGGAAUCCGUGGGGGACGUUUGGGUCCAUGGACGUGGAAAAGGCCAAGAACGCUGGGGAAAUCCUUAGCGAGAAAAAAUACAGACAGCACCCUGAUACAAUCCCCUUCACAUCCAUUGAUGACCACCCUAUCAUGAUGCAGGCCAAGGUCAACCAGCUGCAGAGGAGUGAUUUGUUCUACAAGCAAGGUCUGGAGGACAUCCACCAGAAGUACUCCUUGCCCCCUGACAUUCCUGAAUUCCUUCAGGCCAAGUGCAAUGCAUACAAUAUCAGCAACAACUACUACAAGUAUGCCUGGCAGGAUAUCAUCGCUAAGGGCUAUGACCUGCAGCCUGACGCCAUCCCCAUUGUCACCGCCAAAGCUGCCAGACAUGCUGCCAGUGAUGUCCAGUACAAGAAGGCGUACGAGAAGGAGCGAGGCCACCACUUGGGAUUCCGUAGCUUGCAGGAUGACCCCUUGCUGGUCCACUACAUGGAGGUGGCCAAGCACCAGAGUGACAGGAACUACAAGAAGGACUACCACAAAGUUAAGCUUAAGUACCACACGCCAGUGGACAUGUUGAGCGUGGCCCACGCCAAACACGCCUCAGCUGUGCAGACCUACACGGGAUACAAGCAGCCCCACCACAACUACCGCCUACUACCGGACGCCAUGAACCUGGAUCUGGCUCGUACCAUGAACUAUAAUGCCAGCGACUACCAGUACAAACAGGAUUACGAGACCAACUUCAAGGGAGUCGGUUGGGUGCCGCUCGGCUCCCUGGAGGUGGAGAAGGCAAAGAUGGCGGCGGCGGCUCUGGACGAGAAGAAUUACAGACAGCACCCCGAAAGCAUCAAGUUCACCAGUGUGCCCGACUCCAUGAACAUGGAGCUGGCCAAGGCCAACACCCAGCUUCUCAACGUGAAAGACUACAAGGCCAGCGGCGAGAAGUUCAAGCACACAUACAAUCUUCCUGUCGAUGCCCCUGAGCUGAUGCAAGCCAAAUACAACGCUGUCAACCUGAGCCAGAAUUACUACACCCACAAACACCGGCGAGAUCUGCUCAAAGGACAUCACAUGAAGCAGGACGCCAUCCCCAUCGUGGCAGCCAAGACUUCCAGAGACAUUGCCAGCAACUACAAAUACAAACUGGCCCACGAGAAGGCAAAGGGCCAACACGUGGGCUUCCGUAGCCUCCAGGACGACCCUCUGCUGGUCCACUACAUGGAAGUGGCUAAGAUGCAGAGCGACAAGAACUACAAGAAGGACUACCACAAAGCUAAGCUCAAGUACCACACGCCGGUGGAUAUGAUGAGCGUGGCCCACGCCAAGCAAUCCUCGGCCGUGCAGACCAUGAUCGGCUACAGGACGUACCUUCACGACUACACUCUUCUUCCUGACAACUUGCAGCUGAACCUGUGCAAGGACAUGAUGGAGAUUCAGAGCGACAAUUCUUACAAAGCCGACUACGCCAACUACUACAAAGGAUCCGGGUGGGUUCCAAUCGGUUCUCUGGACGUGGAGAAGGCCAAAGCUGCCAAGGCCGCCCUGGACGAAAUCAACUACCGUCAGCAUCCCAGCAAGCUCAAGUUCACCAGCACCAGUGACAGCAUGAACAUGAGCCUGGCUCUGAGCAACUCCAAGCAACUGGACCCUGCCGCCUACAAAGCUUCUGGUGAGAAGUUCAUGCACACCUACCACCUCCCGGUUGACAGCCCCGAGUUCAUCCAAGCUAGAUUUAAUGCUCAGACCCUCAGUGAGAGUCACUACAAACAAAAGUGGCUGGAAGAUAUUGCCAAAGGCUACGACUUGAGGCUCGACGCCAUUCCCAUCCAGCACGCCAAGCAUGGCAGAUUUAUUGCCAGUAAUGUGCAAUACAAGAAAGAGUUUGAGAAGGAGCGAGGGCACCACGUGGGCUUCCGUAGCCUGCAGGACGACCCCCUGCUUGUCCACUACAUGGAGGUUGCUAAGAUGCAGAGCGACAAGAACUACAAGAAGGACUACCACAAGGUCAAACUCAAGUACCACUCGCCUGUAGACAUGUUGAGCCUGGUCCACGCCAAGCAAGCCUCGGCUGCCCAGACCAUGGCCGGCUACAGGAAGAUCUACAACACCAAUGCUCUCCUCCCUGAUGCUAUGAACUUCGUUCUGGCUCGUGCCAUGAACGUCCAAGCUAGCGACUGUGAAUAUAAAUCCGAAUGGAACAACUACAUCAAAGGUGUCGGGUGGGUCCCGGUUGGCUCACUUGCAGUGGAAACCGCCAAGGUUGGCGGUGAGAUCCUAAGCGAGAACAAGUACCGCACUCACCCAUCCAACUUCAAGUACAGUAAGCUGAUGGACUCCAUGGACAUUGCCCUGGCCACCGUCAACAAUCAGAUCAUGGAUAAGAAAGCUUAUACCGCCGCUUGGGAAAAGGAUAAACGGACCGUCCACAUUAUGCCAGACGCCCCUGAGAUUGUCCUGGCUAAGGCCAAUGCCAUCACCAUGAGCAAUAAAUUGUACAAAUCCGAUGUGAUGGAGAUGGCCAACAAGGGCUACAAUCUGAAAGCAGAUGCCAUUCCCAUUGUAGCUGCCAAAUCCGGAACAAACAUCGCAAGUAAUUUCAAGUACAAACUGGCUUACGAGAAAGCUCGGGGACACCAUGUGGGCUUCCGUAGCUUGCGGGACGACCCCCUGCUGGUCCACUAUAUGGAGGUGGCUAAGCUACAGAGCGACAGGAACUACAAGAAGGACUACCAAAAGGCCAAGCUGAAGUAUCACUCGCCGGUGGACAUGUUGAGCUUGGUCCAUGCCAAGCAGGCCUCGGCUGCCCAGACCAUGGCCGGCUACAGGAAUAUCCACCACACAAACGCUCUUCUCCCCGACGCCAUGAACUUCGUGCUGGCUCGUACCAUGAACACCCAGUCCAGUGAUUGCGAUUACAAGUCCGAUUGGAACAACUAUGUCAAAGGUCUCGGCUGGGUCCCCAUUGGCUCACUUGCAGUAGAAACUGCAAAGGUCGGCGGUGAUAUCCUAAGCGAGAACAGGUACCGAACUCACCCGUCCAACUUCAAGUACAGCAAACUAAUGGACUCCAUGGACAUGGCUCUGGCCACGGCGAACAAUCAGAUCAUGAAUAAGAAAGCUUACACGGCUGCUUGGGAGAAGGACAAACUGACAGUGCAUGUCAUGCCAGAUGCUCCUGAGAUUGUCUUGGCCAAGGCAAACGCCAUCACCAUGAGCAAUAAACGAUACAAAGCUGGCCUUACGGAAAUGGCCAACAAGGGCUACGACCUCAGGGAAGACGCCAUCCCAAUUGUGGCCGCCAAGUCUGGAACUAAUAUUGCCAGCAACUACAAAUACAAGCUAGCUUACGAAAAAGCUAGAGGCCACCACGUGGGCUUCCGUAGCCUGCAGGACGACCCCCUGCUGGUCCACUACAUGGAGGUGGCCAAGCUGCAGAGUGACAAGAACUACAAGAAGGACUACCACAAGUCUAAGCUCAAGUACCACUCACCGGUGGACAUGAUGAGCGUGGCCCAUGCCAAGCACGCCUCAGCCGUGCAGACCAUGACUGGAUACAAAAGGCUCAUCCCCCACUACACUGUCCUGCCUGACGCCAUGAACCUGGAGCUGGCCCGGAACAUGCAGCUUAUUGCCAGUGAUAACCAGUACAAGAGUGAGUAUCAAAACUUCAUCCGAGGAAUCGGUUGGGUUCCUGUCGGCUCGCUAGAUGUGGAGAAAGCCAAAACAGCCGGCCAGAUCUUGAGGGACCAUGGAUAUCGGCAGCAUCCCAGCACAUUCAAAUUCACCAAGGACAUGCACUCCAUGGACCUGGCACUGGCUACUGCCAACAACUUGGUCAUGGACAAGCAAUCUUACACCAAAGCUUGGGACCAUGACAAGAGAACAAUUCACAUCAUGCCUGAUGCAAUGGACAUUGCUCUUGCUCGGGAAAACAAUAAAAACUAUAGCGAGAAACGUUACAAACUGGACAGUGAGCUGGCCAAGAAGAAGGGUCACAAUCUCCGUGCUGAUGCGAUCCCCAUCCAGGCGGCUAAAGCCUCAACUGUUAUUGCAAGUGAUUACAAGUACAAGACCGGAUACCGCAAGCAGGUUGGCCACCACAUCGGGGCCCUCAGCAUCCAGGAUGACCCGCUCCUCAUGUUGGCCCUGAACUCAGCUAAGAUCGCCAGCGAUGCCCUCUACAAGAAGGACUUCAACCAGUCCAAGACUAGAUUCCACCUGCCUGUGGACAUGCUGGCCUUUGAGCUGGCCAAGAAGAACCAGAUCCAGGUCAACCACGCCAAUUACAUCACCCGGCUGCACAACUGGACUUGCCUCCCUGACUCCAACGAUGUUCGCCAAGCCAGACAUGCAUACGACCUGCAGAGUGAUGUGGUCUACAAAGAGGAGCUGAGGUCACUUCAGGGUGUUGGCUGGGUGCCUAUUGGUUCGUUGGAUGUGGAGAAGGUUAAGAAAGCUGGUGAGAUCCUGAAUGAACAGAAAUAUCGUCAGCACCCAAGCAACUACAAGUUUAAGGUCACAACCGAGGACAUGCCCCUGGUACUGGCUAAGGCCAACGCCCAAAUCAUGAACAAGCAAGCUUACACUCAAGCCUGGGACAAUGAUAAGACUACCAUCCAUGUCAUGCCCGAUGCGAUGGAUAUUGUGCUGGCCAAAGCCAAUAAGGUUAACUACAGUCUGAAACAAUACAAGCAAGCAAAUGAAGACGCCAAGAAGAAGGGUUAUGACUUGGGAAAAGAUGCUAUUUCGAUUCUAGCGGCCAAGGCAUCCAGAGACAUUGCCAGUGAUUACAAGUACAAGACUGGAUACCGCAAGCAGGUUGGUCACCACAUCGGGGCUCUGAGCAUCCAGGACGACCCUCUCCUCAUGCUGGCCCUCAACUCGGCCAAGAUCGCCAGCGACGCCCUCUACAAGAAGGACUUCAACCAGUCCAAGACCAAAUUUAAUCUGCCAGUGGACAUGCUGGCUUUCGAGCUGGCCAAGAAGAACCAGAUCCAGGUCAAUCACACCAACUACAUCACCCGCCUGCACCAGUGGACCUGCCUGCCCGACUCCAAUGACGUUCGCCAAGCCAGACACGCCUACAACCUGCAGAGUGAUAAUGUUUACAAGGAAGACCUGAAGACGCAGCAAGGUGUCGGCUGGAUUCCUGUUGGCUCGUUGGAUGUGGAGAAGGUGAAGAAAGCCGGUGAGAUCCUGAGUGAACAGAAGUACCGUCAGCACCCGAGCAACUACAAGUAUAAGGUCUCGACCGAGGACAUGCCUAUGGCGCUGGCCAAGGCCAAUGCUCAGAUCAUGAACAAGAAAGCAUACCAUGAAGCCUGGGAAAACGAGAAAACCAUGAUCCACGUCAUGCCUGACGCUAUGGAUGUCAUCCUCGCAAAAGCCAAUAAUGUCAACUACAGCUUGAAACUGUACAAGCAGGCAUAUGAAGAUGCCAAGAAGAGGGGAUACGAGCUGGGAAAUGAUGCCAUUUCCAUUCUCGCAGCCAAGGCUUCUAGAGACAUUGCCAGUGAUUACAAGUACAAGACUGGAUACCGCAAGCAGGUUGGCCACCACAUUGGGGCCCUCAGCAUCCACGAUGACCCGCUCCUCAUGUUGGCCCUGAACUCAGCCAAGAUCGCCAGUGAUGCCCUCUACAAGAAGGACUUCAACCAGUCCAAGACCAGAUUCCACCUGCCUGUGGACAUGCUGGCCUUUGAGCUGGCUAAGAAGAACCAAAUUCAGGUCAACCAUGCCAACUACAUCACCCGUCUGCACAACUGGACCUGCCUGCCUGACUCGAACGACGUUCGGCAAGCUAGACAUGCCUACAACCUGCAGAGUGAUAAUGUUUACAAGGAAGACCUGAAGAUGCAGCAGGGUGUCGGGUGGGUACCUGUUGGUUCGUUGGAUGUGGAGAAAGUGAAGAAAGCCGGUGAGAUCCUGAGUGAGCAAAAGUACCGACAGCACCCAAGCAACUACAAGUUUAAGGUCUCAACUGAGGACAUGCCGAUGGUGCUGGCCAAGGCCAACGCUCAAGUUAUGAACCAGAAAGCCUAUAUUGACGCUUGGGAAAACGAGAAGACCAAGAUCCACGUCAUGCCUGAUGCUAUGGAUGUUCUUCUUGCAAAAGCCAACAACAUCAACUACAGUUUAAAACUGUACAAGCAGGCAAAUGAAGAGGCCAAGAAGAAAGGUUACGACAUGCGCAAUGAUGCCAUUCCCAUUCGUGCAGCCAAGGCAUCCAGGGACAUUGCUAGUGAUUACAAGUACAAGACUGGGUACCGCCAGCAGGUCGGCCACCACAUCGGGGCCCUCAGCGUCCAGGACGACCCACUCCUCAUGCUGGCUCUGAACUCUGCCAAGAUCGCCAGCGACUUCCUCUAUAAAAAGGACUUCAACCAGUCCAAGACCAAGUUUAACCUGCCUGUAGACAUGCUGGCCUUUGAACUGGCCAAAAAGAACCAGAUUCAGGUCAACCACGCCAACUAUAUCACCCGCCUGCACCAGUGGACCUGUCUGCCCGACUCCAAUGAUGUUCGCCAAGCCAGGCACGCCUAUGACCUGCACAGUGAUAACGUCUACAAGGCCGACAUGAAGUGGCUCCAGGGUCUCGGCUGGACCCCCGCCGGCUCACUGGAGGUGGAAAAGGCCAAGAAGGCUGCUGAUAUCUUGAGCGAGAGGAAGUACCGCCAGCCUCCCAGCAAAGUUCCCUUCAGCAGUCCCAUUAACGCAAUGAACUUGGAACUGGCAAAAAAUAACGCGCUGACAAUGAACAAGCGUCUCUACACUGAAGCAUGGGAGAAUGAGAAGACCAAAGUGCACAUCAACCCUGAUACUCCCGAGAUCAUCCUCUCUCAGCAGAAUGCUAUCAACAUGAGCAGGAAACAUUACAGACAAGGUUAUGAGGCUGACAUCAAAAAGGGCUAUUUUCUGCCCGCCGACGCCAUCGCUGUGAAGAGUGCCAAGGCCUCCCGGGAUAUUGUCAGUGACUACAAGUACAAAACAGGAUACCGGCACCAAGUGGGCCACCACAUCGGUGCUCGCAGCAUCAACGAUGACCCCCUGAUCAUGCUGGCCUUAAACUCGGCCAAGAUCGCCAGUGACGCCCUCUACAAGAAGGACUUCAACAAAUCCAAGACCCGAUUCCACCUCCCUGUGGACAUGCUGAGCCUUGAACUGGCCAAGAAGUGCCAGAUCCAGGUCAACCACGCUAACUACAUCACCAGGUUGCACCAGUGGACAUGCCUGCCCGACUCCAAUGAUGUCGUCCAGGCCAGGAAGGCCUACGAUCUUCAGAGUGAUGCUGUUUAUAAAGCUGACUUGGAAGAGACUGUGGGCGUAGGAUGGAUCCCUGUUGGCUCACUGGAUGUACUGAAAGCCAAGCACGCCGGCAAAAUUCUCAGUGAGCGCCUGUACAGGCAGAAGCAAGACACUCUGAAGUACACGACAGACAUGACUGCAAUGCCCAUGGUCCUUGCCAAAGCGAAUGCUGACAUCAUGAACAAGCAAAAUUACAUCUCAGCUUGGGAGGCCGAAAAGGUGAAGAACUUCGUCGGUGCUGAUCUGCCCGAGAUUCUACUCUCCAAAUCAAAUGCUUACAACAUCAGCAAGAAAGCGUACAAGCAAGCCGUCGAAGACAUGUUCCGACAGGGCUACGUCAUGAAACCCGACGCAAUUCCCGUCGUAGCCGCCAAACACGGAAGAGAGAUCAUCAGCGAUUACAAGUACAAGACGGGAUACCGCAAGCAGGUGGGCCACCACAUUGGUGCGCUGAGCAUCUAUGAUGAUCCUCUGAUCAUGCUGGCCCUGAACUCAGUGAGGAUCGCCAGCGAUAAUCUGUACAAGAAGGACUUCAACAAAUCCAAGACCAGAUUCCACUUGCCCGUGGACAUGCUGAACUUAGAACUGGCUAAGAAAUGCCAGAUCCAGGUCAAUGACUUCAAUUACAGAACUCGCCUGCACAACUGGACGUGUCUACCAGACUCCAAUGAUGUGGUCCAAGCCAGAAAGGUGUACGACCUUCAGAGUGACGCUGUGUACAAAGCAGACAUGGAAUGGAUCAGGGGGGCGGGGUGGGUCCCCAUUGGUUCACUGGCUGUGGAGAAAGCAAAGAAAGCGUCAGAGAUCUUGAGUGAGAGGAGCUACCGUCAGCAUCCCAGCAACUUCAAAUUCACCUCCAAGACCAGUGACAUGCCGUUUGCCCUGGCUCUGGCCAAUGCCCAAAUCAUGGACAAGAAAGCCUAUGUCUCUGGGUGGGAGAGCGAAAAAACUAAUCUUCACAUCAUGCCUGAUACACCUGAGAUCAUACUGGCCAAGCAGAAUAAGCUCAACACCAGUCUGAGACAUUACCAUGAAGGCUACCUGGAAGAUAUCAAAAACGGCUACUUGCUCCCCAAAGACGCCAUUUCGGUAUUAGCAGCCAAGGCCUCUCGUGACAUCAUCAGUGACUACAAGUACAAAGCAGGGUACCGCAAGCAAUGCGGCCACCACAUCGGGGCCCGUAGCGUCGACGACGACCCGCUGAUCAUGCUGGCCGCCCACGCUGCCAGGAUUUCCAGUGACAACAUUUACAAGAAAGACUUUGAAAAAACCAAGACCAAAUUCAACUUGCCUGUCGACAUGCUGACCCUCGAGCUGGCCAAGAAGUGCCAGCAGCAAGUCAACGACUUCAACUAUCGCACUCACCUGCAUCAGUGGACCUGCCUGCCUGACUCCAACGAUGUGGUCCAGGCCAGGAAGGUCUACGAUCUCCAGAGUGAUGCUGUGUACAAAAGCGACCUGGAAUGGCUGAGGGGAUGCGGCUGGUCACCUCACGAAUCGGUGGACGUCAUCAAAGCUCGGAACGCGCAGAAUAUCCUCAAUGAGAGACUCUACCGCCAGCCAGCCAGCACGGUCAAGUUCACCAGUGUGGUGGACCUGCCCUCCAUCGUCCUCUCCAAGCAAAACUCAGACAAUCUCAGUGACAGGAAAUACAAGGAACUUUGGGAGAACGAAAAAACUUCCUUCCUUCUUCCGCCAGAUACUCCGGCCCUUGAGCUAUCCAGGGCAAAUGCUAUCAACAUCAGCAAUAAACUCUACACCAGUUCUUGGGAUGACCAGAAGGCCAAAGGCUACCAGAUCAAGGAGGACGCCAUUGCCGUGCUGAAGGCCAAAGCAUCCAGAGAUAUCAUUAGCGAUUACAAGUACAAGGAAGGAUACCGCAAGCAGAUGGGCCACCACAUUGGGGCUCGCAGCGUGGAAGACGACCCUCUGAUCAUGCUGGCCCUGAACUCGGCCAGGAUCGCCAGUGACGCCCUCUACAAGAAGGACUUCAACAAAUCCAAAACCAAGUUCAACCUUCCUGUGGAUAUGCUGAACCUGGAACUGGCCAAAAAGUGCCAGAUUCAAGUCAAUGACUUCAACUACCGGACUCGCCUACACCAGUGGACCUGCCUCCCUGACUCUAAUGAUGUGGUCCAGGCCAGGAAGGUCUACGAUCUUCAGAGCGAUGCCGUGUACAAAGCUGACUUGGAGUGGCUACGUGGAUGCGGUUGGAUCCCGCAUGAGUCCGUGGAGGUCUUGAAGGUGAAGAAUGCACAGAAGAUCCUGGCUGAAAGAGGUUACCGGGUCAAGCUGGACGAGCAGAAAUUUGGCGUUCCAACCGACCGAGUCGACUUGACUUGCGCUAAGAAUGCUGCCGACAUCCUCAAUGAAGCCAAAUACCGUGAGGCUUGGCAUCAGGAAAAGACCAAUUACACACUGGUGGACACUCCAGUCAUGGCCACAGCCAGAGAGGCAGCUAAGAACGUUCACCCGAAACUGUAUUCCAAAGAUUGGAACAAGAUGAAGGCCACUGGUUACUUCAUGCCUGAAGAUGCAGUGUCCAUAAAGCAGUGCAUCAGCAACACAAAAGUCCAAAGCAAACAUAAGUACCUGGAGGGAUACCGCAAACAGGUGGGCCACCACAUUGGGGCCCUCAGCAUCCAAGACGACCCGCUCCUCAUGUUGGCCCUGAACUCAGCCAAGAUUGCCAGCGAUGCUCUCUACAAGAAAGACUUUAACAAGUCCAAGACUAAGUUCAACCUGCCUGUGGACAUGCUCCAGUUCGAGCUGGCCAAGAAAUGCCAGAUGCAAGUCAAUGAUGACCUAUACAGGACUCGCCUACACCAGUGGACAUGUCUGCCCGACCAGAACGACGUCAUCCAGGCCAGAAAAGUCUACGAUCUUCAGAGUGAUUUUGUGUACAAGGCAGAUAUGGAAUGGAUUCGAGGCUGCGGGUGGGUGGCCAAUGAGUCAGUUGAUCACGUCAAAGCCAGAAAAGCACAGGAAAUUCUCAAUGAUAGACUCUACAAGAAGAAUGCAAUCGAUGGCUUCAAUAAAUUUACUCUGGUUGUGGACCGCCCAGAGCUUAUCUUGGCCAAGACAAAUGCUGCCAACCUUAGCGACUUGAAGUACAAAGAGACUUUCAACUCAGAGAAGGGUCAGUACAUCGGCUCCGCUGAUACUCCUCAACUGGCCCACAGCAGGGAGAUGUCCAAGAAUAUCAGCGAGAAACUAUACAAACUGCAUUGGGACAAGUCCAAGGCUGCCAACUACCAUCUGGACCACGAGUAUAUCCCACUUGUCAGUGGAAAGCGAGGUAGAGACAUCAGUAGUGAUGUCCGGUACCAUGACACUCACGAGAAAGCCAAAGGACACUAUCUGGCCGGGACACUGGUGGACUUCCCUGAGGUGAUACGGUGUGGUGAUCAGGAGAAGAACAAAGGACUGAGGCUUUACCAUCGGGACUACCACCAGACCAAGACCAAGACCCACAUCCCGUCCGACGUCAUCGCCAACAAGGUAGCCAAGCGGUGUCAGGACAUUCUGAGCGAUGUCCUCUACCGGACCUACCUGCACCAGUGGACCUGCCACCCCGAUCAGGAGGACGCCAUCCGGGCCCGCAAGACCAAUGAGAUUCUUAGCGAUGUGUUUUAUAAAGAUGACCUGACAUGGAUGAAGGGUAUCGGCUGCUACGUAUGGGACACGCCAGAGAUCAUUCGCGCCAAGAAGGCCUAUGACCUGCAGAGUGAACUGAAAUACAGGGAUGAGGCCAAGAAGGAGUUCAACAAUUACUCUAUCGUGACUGACACACCCGCCUACGUCACCGCUGUGCUGGGCCACACAUGGGCCAGCGAUCUGAAUUACAGAGAGACUUACCAUAAGGAGAAGCACAAGUACACCACUGUUCUUGAUACCUACGACUACGCAAGAUGCCACAACUUCAAACACUUCUUCAGCAAUAAAAUCUACACUGACGCCUGGGAGAAGUUCAAGGCCAAGGGUUACCAGAUCCCUCACGACUCACACUCCAUGCGACACGCCAAAAAUCAGAAGAUCAUUGUCAGUGGUGUGAAAUACAAGGAGGAUUAUGAAAAGUUCAAGUCACUCUACAGUCUGCCAAAAUCAGUUGAGGACGAUCCUGCCACUGCCCGCUGCCUCAAGGCCGGGAAACUGGUCCUGGACCGCCUGUACAGAGAGGACUAUGAGAAAUCCAAAGCCAAGACCCACAUCCCACCAGACAUGCUGGAGAUCCUCUCAGCCCGUAACACCCAGACCACCAUAAGUGGAAUCCACUACCGCAAGUAUCUGCACCAGUGGAUAUGCCUUCCCGAUAUGCAGAUGUACGUCCAGGCACGCAAAGUCAACGAGCAGCUCAGUGAUAUCUUCUACAAGGAUGAUCUGAACUGGCUGAAGGGCAUCGGCUGCUAUGCCUGGGACACCCCGGAAAUUCUCCGUGUUAAGAAUGCUGGUGUCAUUCAGAGCGAUAACAUGUACCGAGCUAAAGGUUUAGAGGGGUUCAAAGACUACUCAGUAGUCAUGGACACGCCGGUUUACGAGACCGCCAAGCAGAAUGCCGUCAACCUGAGCGACCUGCACUAUCGCUCCAACUAUCACACCAGCAUUAAGGGAACCAGCACUUCUCCUGCCGUUACUGUGGAAGGGGAGAGGGCUCGCCUGGCCCACCAUAUUCAGAGUAAUAACUGGUACAAAGAGGCCAACAAGAACUACAUGCCCACAGGAUACACACUGCCCCAUGACAUGCCUCUCAUCAAACAGGCUAAGCGCAACACCUAUGUUAGUAGCGAUGUGAAGUACAAGGAGGCUUAUGAAAUGAUGAAAGCCAAGGGCUACACCAUUCACCCCCAGGGCGUCAACUUUGUCAACUACAGGAAGGUCAACAAGAUCACUAAUGAGCGCCUGUAUCGCGAGGACUACCACAAACACAAGGACAAGAUCCACACCACCUAUGACACCCCCGACAUCAGACAAGUCAAGAUGAAUCAGGACCAUAUCAGCGACUUGUGGUACAAGGAGAAGUAUAACAACAGUAAAGGCCAGCUGAUCUCCAUGCCCAUGACACCAGAGCUGAUGCAUUUCUACCACGUCAACAACAUCAACAGCGAGCUGAAAUACAAAGAAGAUCUGACAUGGCUGAGGGGCAUUGGCUGCUUCUUGUACAACACCCCAGAGAUGAUCCGCAUCCGCAACCUCAAUAAAUACAGAGAGGAGUACCCCGUGGAAGCCAAGAAAAACUUGCCCAACUUCUCAGUGGUCCUGGACACGCCAGAGUACAAACGAAUGGCUGAGCUCAAGAGCCACUUGAGUAUGUUGAUCUACAAAGCUCAGAGCAAAGAGGAGAUGGCCAAGGUCUCCACCACUCCCGAUGCCGUGGAGCUGAAGAGAGCCAGAUGGGCCCAGGAGCUGACCAAUCAAUACGUGUACACCGACCUCGCCGCCAAACAGCGUCCACACUACACUCUGGAAGUUGAAACCCCCCACAUGGACCACUCCAGGAAGAUGAAAGUGAUCUCCAGUGAUAACAAGUACAAAGAACAAUACGAGAAGAUGAAGCACAGGUACACCGCCAUCGGUGACACGCCCAUCUUGAUCCGCUCCAAGAAGGCCUACCUCCAGUCCAGUGAUCUACGCUACAAAGAGACUUUCGAGCUUUCGAAAGGCCACUACCGCACCGUCAAGGACGCCCUGGAUAUUGUCUAUCACCGCAGAGUCACGGACGACAUCAGCAAUGUUAAGUAUAGGGAGCAGUAUCUUAACUCCCGGGGAACGUGGAAGUCCAUCCCAGACCGCCCUGAAUUUUUCUUCAGCAGGAUUGUCAACGACAAUGUCAGCACGGUCAAAUACAAGGAGGACCUUGACUGGCUGAAGGGAAUCGGCUGCUUUGUGUGGGACACACCCGAGUUGCUGCGGGCAGAGAAGAACAAGACGCUAUACAGUGAAGUACAAUACAAGACCUUCUUAAAGGCGAACAGAGGAAACUUCAAAUACACUAGCGACGCGCCGUUCUUCCACACGGUCAAGCACGCCUCCAGUCUCAUUAACGAACGGGCCUACAGAAAUAAUUAUGAGAAGAACAAGGAUAAAUUCACCAUAACCACAGAUGAGCCUAGUUUCCAGAUGGCCAAGGAGAACAAGAAGAUGAGCCAGAAACGGUAUAAAUCCAAAGCAAAGGAGCUCCUCAAGAGUGGCUGCAAUGAGCUACACCGACCCGACAUCCUCACCGCCCUUGUCCAGACUUAUAUGGGCAGUAAGUGGCGUUACAGGGAACAAUAUGAGCGCGCCAAGGAUAAAUACACUUGCAUCCUGGACACUCCCGAGUAUGAAACUACCCAACGUGGCAAGAAGAUUGGCGAUAUUGUUUACAAGAUGGAGUACAACAAGAACAAGGCCAAGGGCUACACCCUACCUUAUGACACCCCGCACCAAAACCUCAUGAAAAAAGUCAAGGAGCUCACCAGCAAUCUGAAGUACAAAGAGGUCUACGAGAGGAACAAGGCCCAGAUCAACAUCGAUCCCGAGGCUCACUCCAUCCGGGCUGCGAAGGAGGCCUACAGGAACAUCACCAAUCUGGAUUACAAGAAGAAAUAUGAAGCCACCAAAUUCAGGUGGAUGUGGACCACGGAGAGGCCGGACUUUCUCAAUGCGGCCAAGAACUCUGUGCAGCAGAGCGAUUAUGAAUACAAGUAUGACAAGCAGGUGUUGAAGGGGUGCGUCAUACCCGUGGUGGACGACAAGCUUACGCUACUGGCACAGAACAACACUCAAAUCACCAGUGAGCUCAAGUACAAAAUGAAGUACGAGAAGGCAAGGGGCCAUUACCUGCCCGUGGCGGACACCCCCCAGAUCCUCCACUCCAAGGCGGUGCGCACCCUGGCAUCCGAGAGCAAGUACAAGGCAGCCAGUAAGAAGCUAAUGCAGUCCGGCUCUUUCACCACCAUGCCGCAGACCCGGGACACGGUCCACAGCAAAGAGAUCAACAAACUCGUCAGCAAGAACGUGUACAAAGCCAAGUUCGAAAAGGAGAAAGGCAAGUCGAUAUACAACAACAUGUGCGUGCCGCCCGAUGUCCAGCACGCCAUGGACGUCGCCAAGAAACAGAGCAAUCUGGACUACAAGAAGAACGCCAAAGCCAACCUCCACUACACCACUGCUGUGGUGGAUCGACCCGACAUCAAGAAGGCCACGCAGACUGCCAAGCUUGUCAGCGAUAUUGGCUACCGGGACAAGGCCCGUGAGGAGGCCAGCCGGGGAGGUUCGCUGGUCCAUCGGCCGGACAUCAGGCUGGCCACGGAAGUCUGCAAGCUCAACAGCCAGCUGAAGUACAAGGAGAAGUUUGACAAGGAAAUGAAGGGAAAGAGGCCGCAGUAUGACCUAAAGGAGAGCAAGGUUUACAAGACGUACAAGGACGCCCACACGCUGGCUAGCGAGGUCAAGUACAAAACCGACCUGAAGAAGCUCCACAAGCCUGUGACCGACAUGGCCGAGUCUUUGUCCAUGCAGCACGGCCUGAGCACCAGCAGGCUGUCCAGUGACUACUGCUACAAGAGGAAGUUUGAGGAGAGUAGGGGUCACUACCACGUGAUUCCCGACACACCCGAGCAGCUCCAUCACAAGGAGGCUUCGGAACUGCAGAGCAUAGUGAAGUACAAGGAGAAGUACGAGAAGGAGAGGGGCAAGGCCAUGCUGGACUUUGAGACGCCCACGUACGUGACGGCGAAGGAGGCGCAACACAUGCAGAGCCAGAAAGACUAUAAGAAGGAUUUUGAGGAGACCAUAAAGGGCAAGAACCUCUCGGGCUUGGAAGUCACGCCCGCCAUGAUACAUGUCAGACAUGCCACCAAAAUAGCCAGUGAGAAAGAGUACAGGAGGGAUCUAGAAGAGGGCGUGAAGGGUAAAGGGCUAACUGUGCUGGAGGAAACUCCCGAGCUUUUGAGAGCAAGGAAUGCCACUCAAAUCCUGUGCGAGAGAGAGUAUAAGAAGUCGCUGGAGCAGGAGAUUAAAGGCAAAGGAUUGCUAGCGCUGGCCACCGACACCCCGGACUUCAUGCGGGCGAGGAACGCCACCGACAUCCUAAGUCAGACCAAGUACAAGCACACGGCUGAGGUGGACCGAGCCAGCUACACCACCGUUAUUGAUACUCCGGACAUCAUCCAUGCUCAGCAGAUGAAGAACAUCGUCAGCCAGAAAAAGUACAAGGAAGAGGCGGAGAAGAGCAUGUCCCAGUAUGUCCCCGUUCUGGACACCCCUGAAAUGCAGAGAGUCCGUGAGAACCAGAAGAACUUCAGCACUCUUCAGUACCAGACUGACCUAAAACACAUCAUAAUGGGCAAAGGGUCUGCUGUAAUCACGCCUGAAAUUCUUCGCGUUAAAGAAAAUACAAAGAAUUUCAGCUUGAUUCAAUAUAAAGAGGAUUUGGGAGGAGGAACGGCUUUGCCCGAAACCCCCGAGAUGGAGAGGGUUAAACGAAACCAGAAGAACGUUAGCACGAUACAGUACAAGGAUUCUCUGAGUCAAGGCACGGCCAUACCAGAUCUUCCUGAGGUGAAGCGGGUCCGAGAAACCCAGAAGAAUAUCAGCUCGAUACAGUACAAGGAUUCUCUGGGUCAAGCUACGGCCAUACCAGAUCUCCCCGAGGUGAAGCGGGUGCGAGAAACCCAGAAGAAUAUUAGCUCGAUACAAUACAAGGAUUCUCUGAGUCAAGGCACGGCCAUACCAGAUCUCCCCGAGGUGAAGCGGGUCCGAGAAACCCAGAAGAAUAUUAGCUCGAUACAGUACAAGGAUUCUCUGAGUCAAGGCACGGCCAUACCAGAUCUCCCCGAGGUGAAGCGGGUCCGAGAAACCCAGAAGCAUAUUAGCUCGCUGCAAUACAAGGAAGACGUGGGACGAGGCACGUCGGUGUCGGAGACGCCAGAGAUGGAACGCGUUAGACGCAACCAGCUAAAUAUUAGCACGAUCAAAUACAGGGACUCCCUGGAUCGCGGCACGGCCAUUCCGGACCUGCCGGAAGUGAAGCGGGUCAAGCAGACCCAGAGGCACAUCAGCUCGGUGUUUUAUAAGGACAGCUCGGCCAAGGGAACCCCGGUGGUGUUCACUCCAGAGAUGGAGCGGGUCAAACGGAACCAAGAGAACAUUAGCUCGGUUCUGUACUCCGACAGCUUCCGCAAGCAGGUCCAGGGCAGGGCCGCCUUCGUUCUGGACACCCCGGAGAUGAGGCGUGUCAGGGAAACCCAGCGCAUCAUAUCUGGAGUGCGAUACCACGAGGACUUCGAGAAGACCAAGGGCAGCUUUACUCCCACCACCACCGACCUGAUAACAGAGCGCGUGAAGAAGAACAUGCAGGACUUUAGCGAUAUCAGCUACCGUGGCAUCCAGAGGCGCGUGGUAGAGAUGGAAAGGAGGCGUGCCGUUGACCAAGACCAGGAGACCAUCACCGAUCUGAGAGUGUGGCGCACCAACCCCGGUUCAGUGUUUGACUACGACCCGGCCGAGGACAACAUCCAAUCGAGGAGUCUGCACCUGAUGUCAGUCCAAGCCCAGCGUCGCAGCAAGGAGCACUCCCGCUCCACCAGCGCCCUCAGCGGCCAGGCGGACGAGAAAUCCGAGAUUUCCCAGGACCCCGACCACCACACGUCCCUCUACAGCAACGGAUUUGUCACCUCUUCCGGAUUCGUCACCUCCUCCAUGGCGGGUUACCAGCACGCCAAGACCGUGGAGCUGCAGCAGAGGUCCUCAUCCGUGGCCACCCAGCAGACCACUGUCUCUUCCAUCCCCUCGCAUCCCUCCACUACUGGAAAAACGGUGCGCGCCAUGUACGACUACCUGGCGGCCGACAGCGACGAGGUUACCUUCAAGGACGGCGACGUCAUCGUCAACGUGCAGUCCAUCGACGAGGGCUGGAUGUACGGAACGGUGCAGCGCACCGGCAAGACCGGCAUGCUGCCCGCCAACUACGUGGAGGCCGUCUAAACGUAAUAACAACAACAAAGUGUGUGUGCUAAUUGUUUGUGGAGUUUGUCGCCUGUUGUGUGUGUCACUUGUGAAGCCCCCCAAAAAAAAAAAAAUCAGAUGAGACUCUUUCCGACAUGACGUCGCUUCUCUCUUCCGUGCGGCCUGACCCAUCUACUGUGUAUAAAUCAUAAACGUGAAAAAUAAUAUAUAUCGUCAGUGUUGUAUGGAGUGGGUGAAACAAUUGGCUCAGACUACUCUUCGUUUUAUCGUGUCACAUAUCAAACGAUGUCCCCCUUCACCAUCAAAGCUCUCGUCGGAAAUGAAAAGGCUCCAGUUUCCCUCCUUGAACUGAACCCUGACCACUAACUAGCCCACUAACUAGUACAGUAGUAGUACACUACGAGUACAGGUACUAGUCCGGUGUGUAUUUUGGUUUUCAAUGGCAAAGUCGAAAUCUUCGCCAGUAGCUAAUAAAAACCAACUUCCUGCA